CUUCAGUCGAUCCCCAACCGCGAGUCUCCACCGUCCUCGGAUCGCCGCGCGCGCCGCCAACAUCUUCCGCGAUCUUUUUACGCGCGCGACAGUGUCUCCUCCGUGUCGCGAGUACCGCGAGUGCCAGUGAGCAAUGGAUAUCCGACCCCCAGCCCUACUCAUCUUCUGCCUUUUUGCAGGGCUUACAGCUGAUGACGGCAGGAAGGCAACAACUAAAGAAUUUGGAUAUGAAGCAAAUGAGGAUGAAAUCCCGCCAAAUUCAUGGUCGGAACAGUAUGGAACAUGCUCCGGGAAGUAUCAGUCACCAAUUGACAUCGAAGAAAGUCUCGUAACGAGAGUCUACCUCCCUCCGUUGGAGUUCACAAAUUUCAACGAAGUACCGUCCUCGGCUAUGAUUACCAACAACGGACACACAGUGAUGCUGAAGUACAAUUUCUCUUCCCCGGCAUCGAUAAAAGGAGGGCCUUUGCAGAAAGAAUACUUCUUUGAGCAAAUGCACUUUCAUUGGGGGACAAAUGACUCAAUAGGAAGUGAAGAUCUCAUCAAUAAUCAUAGUUUUCCAAUGGAAUUGCAUAUGGUGUUUUACAAUUCUGACUACGGAAAUAUUGACAAUGCAUCAAAUUACAAAGAUGGCCUAGUCGUGUUAGCAACUUUCUUCGAGAUCUCACCGUUCGAGAAUGAUGUGUACCAAACGUUAAUAAAAGCCCUGCCAGACGUGACGGAGGCUGACAAGAAAGAAUACCUAGAAAAUGUUCCUGUCCUUGCAUCUCUCCUUCCAUGCAACCCGGAGAGGUAUUUUUCAUAUUUAGGAUCUCUAACAACGCCGCCUUGUCUGGAAGUCGUAACGUGGAUAGAUUUUAAACAUCCUGUUCUACUUUCCCAUACUCAGGUGCACACGUUCCGGACCCUGCACUCGCACCACGGGAUGUUGACGCAUAAUUUCCGUCCGGUGCAACCCUUGUCAAACCGCCCGGUUUGGUACAACGCCCACACUUUUGUCGACAGCGGAGCCUCCACACUGUUCAGGAUCGACGCCAUUGCGUGCCUCAUCGGGAUGCUUGGACUUAUCAAACUCAUGAGCGUUUGAACCGGGAGCCAUUGAAAUUCAGCAUUUCCAUCAUCCGAAAUUCAUUUUCCAGUAUGGAUCUCCCAUGUUCGUCUCAUUUACUAAGGCACAUAUCUGCAUAACGAAGCUAGUGUCACAGAGGUUGUUUUCAAAAUGAGGCAAAAUCAGUUCCUAUUGUAAAAUGUCGUUCAUCCGAUGAAUCCUGGAGUAAAAGCAUUCUUAUGCACCUCGUUGCAACGUCAUCGAAUGGUUUUGGUCGAUAUAUUAUAACAUCGUUAAGAGUUUUAUCGAUCAAGAUCAAUCGAUUACGAUAUACAGAGCCCUUAGGACUCCAUCAGAAAAUGAACUUGUCGGGGCUAGGGAAAGCCCGGAUAAUUUGACGGUUUUGUUUAUUUCGCUCUCAUUGUGCCUUUAUUUAAAACUUCUUCAACCCUUGAAAUCUCAACGUUCAUCUCUUAAAUCCGUACUAUUUCAGAAAUGUAUGGUCUUUCGAUGUCAAUAGGGCACGACAUGCCAAAUUUUUUAACCAACCCCGAUAUCAAAAUUCAGCUGAAAGUUUCUAAAGUUAUUUAUUCUAUUUUAUAUGAUUUCGGAAAUGUUCUUAUCCAAUUCUUAAAAUUGAAGUCUCACAACAAAAUUGAUUAGUGUUUAUACAUAUUUUUUUGAUUAAUUCGUAAAAAAUAAUAUCAAGUGGUCGGUAAAUUUAAAAGUAAUAUUUUUCUUACCAUUUGAAGUUUUGUAUGUUUAAAAAAACAGAAACUUGUUUUAAUGCAAGGAAAUAGAAGUGAGCGCACGUUUAAGAAAUCAAGGGUUGUCAUUGUUGGUAGGAAACAAGCCCGCAGGUUUUUAUUAAAAGUAGGUGAAAUAUCACUAGGGAAAUGCCCUUAAAUAGUCCUGACCUGAGUGCAAUUGAAUGAUAGUUUCAGGACAAUAGUAUCCAACAACAACGUCUAGCUUUAGAGUGAAAACAAAGGAAAGCAAGUUCUUUUUGAAAAAAAAAGUUCACGAUGAACUUAAUUCGUCAACGUGCUAUUGAAGCUUACAGAACAUAACUUUCAGUAAUGAUGGAUACAGAGACUCCAAACAUUGCUUUUAUACGGCAACUGCCUAUUUUUACCACCGACAAUAAGGAUAAGAAGAGUUCAAAAGGAGUUUGUAAAUAUGUAUGUAGGUUUUCACGUGUGUUUUAAGUUUAAAAUAUAGUUCUUUAGGCAUGUAUUUAUCUGACAUAAAGUUUUUGUCGCUACGGAUAAGUGAUUUUUGCCUGACACGUCACAUCUUUUUUACAUUUAAUACUUACUGUUUGUUUUUUAACCUUUUUUUCAAAACAAUAGACCGUACAGUAUGGCGUCUUUAAAUGGAGAUAUCGUCACACGCUGACCUGGAAGGGCAUACAUUUUUCAGAAGGUAUCGAUAAAUAUUCAUUGGUAACAAAUACAGAGAUUACUUUAUUGUUGAGAACGAAUUCAAUGAAUAGAUACCGGAUUUGAUAGAAAAUCCAACAGUUAAGUAUCUAUUUGUUCGUUUCAAUUUUGCCGUUAUUAUUAUAGAUUCGAUUUGAUUUUGUCUGGGUACUAUUUAAUUUUGUCGAUACCUGAUAAAGACGCCAUGACUGAGACAGUCUAUAAUUCUACAUACUGAUGUAGUGGCCACUGAAUCCGACAUACCUAUCGACGCUGAAUGAUAAGAAUCUAGGUGGGUUUUCGUGAGUCAUUCUGCUGCGUAGUAUCAAACCGUGGGAAACUUGAUACAGGAUAAAGAACAUUGAAUUUGAAUCUGAGAGUUCAAACUUUGUUUUAAUUGAAAUCAUUGGACGCAAUUUACGACGUAGCCACUAUAUCAGAAUGAUACGGAAAAAUCCUGUCCAUCGCACUCUUGCAGUAAAUUAUUUGGGUACGACUGAAAAUACAGGAUAAUCCAGGGAUUUUACUCGUAAAAUUUGCAAAUGCGAUAAUCAAGGACAAUGUGGCUAAGAAAUCCCGGUCCCCCAAAAAAGGCUAACAGUUUUUUUUUUUUUAAAAUUUGAUUCAAAACCAAUAGAUUCAUUAAUCUUUGAUCUCGUAGGUAUACACAAAACAGUGGCGUGGCGUAAAUUGCGAUGUACCAACUGUUCUGCCAUUUAAACCUAUGGUAAAAAUCGAUUAUUAAGGUCUUCGCUGCGAGCACCCUGUUUAUCGAUCCUUUUCCAUAGGUUUAAAUGGCAUAACAAUCGAUAUAUUGCAAAGCUCGCCACGCCACUGACACAAAAACCCUCAAUAAUUACGACCGGUAUCAAAAGGCUGAUGUUAUAUUUUAGCAAUCGACAAUUUGGUGUACAAGAUCCUUGUUAAAA